AUGUUAUAAUAUCGCACUUUGAACAGGUUAUCUAACUUAAUUUAGGCCGUUGCAGAAGGUGAAUAGAAGACUGAAGUUAUUCGUUAAGUCCUCGCUGAGCAAAGACACUUUGAGCCUUAAUCCGCUUUCCGUAGACUCGACCAAACUAAGACUGGCUAACUCUCUGCCACUGAUUUAAUUGACUUCUUAGAACAAAACAAAAUUUUGGUCAGCCACAAAGAAGCUAUUUAACUCCUUCGCAUCCUUGAUCUUAAUGGUGAUGGUCGUGUCACUUAUGCAGAUUUUGCAGAAAGCAUUUUGCCUUAAGAAGAUGCCAGACUCAAGUAAAUUGCCAAUUUAAGAGAAGGCUAUUACUUAGAAGAUGGUGAAAGUUUACCUUAUGAAGCUGAAUGGUCUCUCGCCAGAGUCCUUGAAUAGGAAGUCAAGAAUUAUAGAAAUAUAGAAUCAUUGAAGGACAUCUUGUGCAGUUCUUACGAUUUCAACAAGCUUGAUUUAUUCAAUGCUAUUGAUGAUGUCCGCACUGGCUCCCUUACAAUCUCUGCCGUUGAUGAAUUUAUGAGAUCUCAAGGUAAAGUAUUGAGCCAAGAUUAAUUACUUGCUUUCUUCAGAAGAGUUAGCAACACUAACGUUAUUAGCUAUCCUCAAUUCGUAGAAAUCAUUACUCCUGUUGAACCCUCUCCUUCUUACAUUGCUAACAGCUCACGUCUUGGUUCUUCUUCUCGUGGUUUCAGACAAUCUAACUUAAACAGAAGCAUUUAUAACACUCCAUCAAGAUUGACUUCUAGCAAAGCUUUCUAAGAUGCUGAAAAGGACAUCGGAUAUCAAGACUAUCUUGCAAGAUCUGCUAGCUUAGAAAAGCUUAGAAACAGUCACUACUCACCUGCUAGAAGAUCUAACUAUGGCUCUCCUGUUAGAUAUACCACCUAAUAAAGAUCUCCUUACCAUACUCCCAGCAAAGACCUUGCUCUUACCCAAAGCAUGUACGGAAGUGCUUCAAAGGGAUUCCACUAAACAGCCACUUCUAACCUUAACAUUUCUAAAUCACCUAUGAGAGGAAAUGAAGAAGAACACCUUGUCAGAGCCUUGAAAGAAUAAAUUGUACUUGAUAGAGAUGUAGAAGAAUUGAAGAAUCAAUUAUCUUUUAGACACGACUUCAAUGCUGAAGAUGCCUUCAGAAUUUUCGACAAGAAAGCAAGAGGAUACAUUUCUAAAUUUGAAUUUGAACUUUCUCUUAACGACAUCGGUAUCUACCCAACCAAGGACGAGUUACACUUAUUCUACAAGAGAUAUGAUAGAGAUAAUGAUGGAUUAUUAAAAUUCAGCGAUUUCUCUGAAUUAGUUACACCUGCUAGCAUUGAAUAUGCUGCCUUGAGCAAGAGCAGAGUUCCAAACUAUCUCAAUCCCGAUGAUGGUUUGAUUAAUUUCUCUCUUGAAACCAGAAGACUUUACAAAAAACUUUUGAAUAAGAUUUUCCAAGCUGAAAUCGAAGCUGAAUAUAUCCGUUAAAAGCUUUCCAGAAGACCUUUGUUUUCUUUAUACGAUGCAUUUUUGGCUAUUGAUAACCUUGAAAAUGGCUUCAUCACUCUUAAUGAUUUUAAGGCUAUCCUCUAAGAUUAUGGUAUUUUUGUCUCUACAAAUGACUUAUAAACUCUAAUCAAGAGAUACGAUAAGAACCAAGACAAUAGAGUCACUUUCCCUGAAUUUAUGAAUGAACUUACUCCUAAAUCUCCUGUUAAGCAAUUUUGA